AUGGAACCAUCAUCAUCAUCAUCAUCAUCAUCAUCAUCAUCAUCAUCAUCAUCAUCAUCAUCAUCAUCAUCAUCAUCAUCAUCAUCAUCAUCAUCAUCAUCCCAAUCAUCAUCAUCAUCAUCAUCAUCAUCAUCAUCAUCAUCAUCAUCAUCAUCAUCAUCAUCAUCAUCAUCAUCAUCAUCAUCAUCAUCAUCAUCAUCAUCAUCAUCCCAAUCAUCAUCAUCAUCAUCAUCAUCAUCAUCAUCAUCAUCAUCAUCAUCAUCAUCAUCAUCAUCAUCAUCAUCAUCAUCAUCAUCAUCCCAAUCAUCAUCAUCAUCAUCAUCAUCAUCAUCAUCAUCAUCAUCAUCAUCAUCAUCAUCAUCAUCAUCAUCAUCAUCAUCAUCAUCAUCAUCAUCAUCAUCAUCAUCAUCAUCAUCAUCAUCAUCAUCAUCAUCAUCAUCAUCAUCAUCAUCAAUCAUCAUCAUCAUCAUCCAAUCAUCAUCAUCAUCAUCAUCAUCAUCAUCAUCAUCAUCAUCAUCAUCAUCAUCAUCAUCAUCAUCAUCAUCAUCAUCAUCAUCAUCAUCAUCAUCAUCAUCAUCAUCAUCAUCAUCAUCAUCAUCAUCAUCAUCAUCAUCAUCAUCAUCAUCCCAUCAUCAUCAUCAUCAUCAUCAUCAUCAUCAUCAUCAUCAUCAUCAUCAUCAUCAUCAUCAUCAUCAUCAUCAUCAUCAUCAUCAUCAUCAUCAUCAUCAUCAUCAUCAUCAUUAUCGCACUUAA